CUGUGGCCCGUCGGGCGGCCCCACGGAGCCGCCAUAGCCACCCGCCUCCCCCGACCCAACGUCUCCGCCGCCGGCCCCGCGCCGCCGCCAUGGCCGACGUGGAAGACGGCGAGGAGCCCUGCACCCUGGCCUCUCACUCCGGGAGCUCAGGCUCUAAGUCAGGGGGCGACAAAAUGUUCUCUCUCAAGAAGUGGAACGCGGUGGCCAUGUGGAGCUGGGACGUGGAGUGCGAUACGUGCGCCAUCUGCAGGGUCCAGAUGCCUGUCUUAGAUGUCAAGCUGAAAACAAACAAGAGGAUUGUGUUGUGGUCUGGGGAGAAUGUAAUCAUUCCUUCCACAACUGCUGCAUGUCCCUGUGGGUAAAACAGAACAAUCGCUGCCCUCUCUGCCAGCAGGACUGGGUGGUCCAAAGAAUCGGCAAAUGAGAGUGGUAGAAGGCUUACUUAGUGCAGUUGUGCGGAGCCCUGGUGGAUCUUGUUACCAAGUGCCCUACAAAAUCUCGAACACUCCGGGGGAUUAAUUCUUCGAAUAAGGAGUCAAUGGAUCUGUGGUCCUUUGAGACUCAUCAGGGGCAUGGUUUAGCAUUUUGACAGUUUUCUUUUCAGAAAUUCUCCACAAUUAAGAAGAUAAUUUAUUAAAGAUGGUCUUUCCUACCUCUGUGGUAUGAGUCACGCACACUACUUAGAAGUGCUAUAGAAAAGGAGAGAACUCAAAAUUGAGUGACUUUUAUUAUUUUCCUGUUGAUAUAUACAAUGAAUUGUGGAAGCAGUUCCUUUCAGAGAACUUGUUGCAUGCUUGUGGUUGAUCAGUUAAAAAGACAGCAUAUUAUAGAAGCAAAUAAAGUGCAGUUUAAAACCCAAUUCUUAUCCUUAAUUUUUUCCUAACACUUAUUUGUGGCAGGGAAGGGGGUAAUCUAUGAAAGCUUUAUUUGAUAGGAGAAUUUUAAGUUUGGGCCAUUGAACAGGGUAAAUAAAAUUUAACUUUUGGGCAUAUGGAAUGUUGAUUGUCUUUUAUCAUUCUCAAUCAUUGACUCAUCAAGAAAACCUAGAUCUGCAGUUACCUCACUGUUCAAUUAUUGAGUAGUAAAUGACAGAAUUAUUUUCUGGUUCUGGUCAGGUGAUGUUGUAAUUUAACUGUUUUAGGUGUAAAGUUGAGGAAGAAAAGUUUACCAGUGUAGCAUUGGACCAAAAGUUUAUUUUAUCACACAAUGUUUUAAUAAAUGGUUUAUUGUCUUUACCUUA